AUGGAACGAGAUGAGAAGCAACAACAUGAUAAUGACGAGCCAUUGUUCAUCCGAGAGGCUGUUGUUAAAGAAUUGUUGAGUUGGAAUGAUUGUGUUGAUGCACUGGAAUCGGCAUUGGUUGCGGCCACAAAUAGUAACAAAAGUGCUGAUAAGCCUUUUUCCUCUCAAACUCCGAGAACCUUUACACCAGUGCCGGGUAAAGGAGUUCUCUUAUCUAUGCCAGGGUUUAUAGGAAAUUACCCAUUGCAGACGGUAACUGGCAAUGAGAGACAUUCAACUCUUGCAUGUAAACUUGUAACAUCGUUCAGUGGAAAUUCUAAAUUAAAUCCACCAUUGCCAAGUAUUCUUGCAACAAUUCUCAUGUUUAAUGCGGACACAGGAAGAUUGAAAGCAAUUGUCGAUGGUACGGAAAUAACAGCUUGGCGUACUGCUGCUGUCAGUUUAGUAGCUACAAAACAUCUCUAUUAUUCCAGCAGACGAUUCAAUUCAUCUAAUGACUAUACACUGGCAAUUUGUGGAACUGGAGCUCAAGGUCGAAUACAUGCUAUUGGUAUGUUGACUUACUUUCCAAACUUCUUCUCAAAACUCAAUUUAUGGAAUAGAACGAAGAGUCGGGCCGUUAAAUUAAGAGACGAAUUGAACAAGCUGUUUCCGGGACUGACGAUUGCCGUCCUUGAUAAUUCAACUGAUUGCGUUAACGAUGCUGACGUCAUUGUGACAGCGACAAACUCGAGCACUCCGCUCUUUGGAAAAAAUGAUUUAAGGAAAAGCUCAGUUCAUAUAAACGCAAUUGGAGCUGGAACCAAUCAUCAUUCGGAAUUGGCGCUUGACAUUUAUCAAUCUGGAUCUGUGUUUAUUGAGAGUAACUUAGGCAUUCAAACAGAACUGAAAGGUAUUGAAGCGUACGUGAAAGGUGAAAUCGGGGAGGUUAUAAAAGAUGAACAGAGACGCGACAAUAGCGAGAAGAUAUCCGUGUUCCAAUCAAUGGGCAAUGCCCUCGAAGAUGGCGUAAUGGCAAAUUUAAUUUAUCAAAAGUUUAUCAGAUUAUAAAUUUAUAUCCAAGCAAUGUAACGAAUAAAAAAUAUUGUGAGCAAUAAAAUCCUUCGAGAU